UGAACAGGACCAGUUGAACUUGAAAUCACAUGGAACGCGAGGUGGAACGCUUAGCUUUGAGUAGCCAGAAAUAUGUUUGUUUAAUUGAUUCAAUAAAUCCUUCUAACUCAAAUCCGCGUCAGUACAAGCCCAGAUACAGUUCAGUUUCAUUAGAUAAAAGUAACGUUAUUUGCAACUCCUGUUAAAGAGUCUUGAUGCUAGCCUUCUAAGGUAAUGAUAGUGUAGAGAUAGCUAGCAAACAUUUGUGAUUGGAGAGGGUAAAACGCCUCGAUUAUCAACGCAUGUCAUGCAUUUUAAAAAUGUUCGUGUAAAUUAGUUGUGCGGCUUGAUGUGGAGAGUGACUAGACUGUGUUUAAGCAGGUUGUGUAACGUUAGGGGUUUGUGCAGUGGUGCAGAGGAAAUGGGCAAGAAAGGGACAUUCUUCUACGCCGUGAGGAAAGGACUUCAGCCUGGCGUAUACAAUACUUGGGAUGAAUGCAAGAGUCAAGUCGACAAGUUUCCAUGCGCAAGUUAUAAGAAGUUUGGCUCAGAAAAGGAUGCCUGGGAGUUUGUGAGGAGCCAACCAACAAAAUGCUCGUCCGUUAAAGAAGCAGAAACCAGCAGCUGUGACAUUGAGCUCCCUAAAAGAGCCCCCAGCUAUGAGGCCACGAUGGCAGCUGUGAUGGGAGGCCUAAAGAGGAAACUGGGGAAUGUGAAUGAAGAGGAGGAGAAGAAAGUAGAGGGGGAUGAAGUGGAUGGGUGUGCUGUUAAACGGGUGAAGGUGGCAGAAGACAAGCCCCAGAACGUUAGCCCAGCACCUGCUGAAAAGACUGACUUCACCUACAUGGGUGAUGCCGUGGUCGUCUACACAGAUGGCUGUUGCGAAGGCAAUGGGAGGCCUGGAGCUCGUGCAGGAAUCGGGGUGUACUGGGGACCCAACCAUCCCUUAAAUGUUGCAGACAGACUGGGCGGCAGGCAGACCAACCAGAGAGCAGAGCUUCAGGCUGCCUGUAAGGCUCUGGAACAGGCCCGAGACCUGAAAAUCAAGAAGCUGGUGCUGUACACCGACAGCAAGUUCACUAUCAAUGGGGUCACCAGUUGGGUGAAAAAGUGGAAGCUAAACGGCUGGAGGUUAAAGGGAGGUGGCAAAAUCACCAACCAGGAGGACUUUGAGCGUCUGGAUGCACUGAACCAAGAGUUGCAGGUGGUGUGGCAACACAUCCCAGGCCACGCAGGCUUCGCAGGGAACGAGGAAGCUGACCGACUCUCCAGGCUAGGCGCUGCCAAAACUCUGGAGUAGCCCGUGAAAGAGGCCUUCGCUCCUCUUACACUUCCGCCUGCCACCAGACCUGCCCCUCCUCCGCUAUGAUGUCUUGCUUUAGACGAGGAGGACCAUCCCCAGGUUCCAAAGACCCAACUGGCCAGUUGACCAUCACUGAGUUUCUCCUCUGCACCCCACUCCUGUGCAGACGCUUUCUCUGCCUGGUGUGCACCAGCGGGUCGUGCAGAGAGGUAUGAGUGCCUAUGCAAUGUCCACCUUCAGAUGUGCACCUUCAAAAUGGGAAGUUGUAAAAAUACAUGCUAUACUAUGUUUGUUUUGCACCCAUCCCAAUACCUUCUGAAAUUGUAAGAAUAGCUAUUAUGUUGAUCUGGUGAGAUCUGCUUGUUCUAAAGCAUUUGAAAUGUAGCCCAUCAUCCUCUCACUGCCGUAUUAAGUGAAGUGAACAUAAUUCAUGGACCAUGAGUUCAUCAAUGAAGUUCUCUUGUAUGAGGUGUCCUGCCUUAUUCAGGGCUGGGAGAGCUCUGCUGGGGCUCAGUUCAGGCCAUGAUUCCAGGUGGUUUAGUGGCAAACCUUGGUAAGAUAACCCAGAGGAAGUUGUAAACCUGAUAACGGAGCAGCCCCGAGGCGUCAGUCUCCAAACUAAACAAAGCCAAAGUGCUCUUCUAUUAGGAGGUUUACCACUUUCUCUGGGUUAACUUACCCAGAUCUGCCUCUUAACCACCUAGUUGGAAUACAGCCCAGAACUCAGUACCCAGUCCUGCCCCCCUGGAUUCCUCUGCAGCCUCUGUUAAAUUCAUAGCCAACAUAAGUAGGGGAGGAGUUGUACUGAUGCACUUAGAGGCAAUGUAAUUAUUUAAAUACACACACUAUUCUUACGCUAUCUUUGGUUUUUAACAAAAGAAAAACUGCUUUUGUUAGCUAUUGUUUAGUCUUUUUGAUUGUUGAAUAAAGUUAUUUGUUGUCAGUUU